UCCAGCCGCCAUGUGGGGCCGGCGGCUGCGCAGGGCCGGCCGCGGGGCCGGGCGAGGGGCGGAGGAGCUGCGGGCCCGGCGGCGGGAGCGGGAAGCAGCCCUCAGGAGAGCCCGGCGGCAGGAGCAGCUGGUCAGCAAGCGGCUGCUGCGGGACGACGCCGCUGAGGACGGGGCACGGGAUGGAGCAGAAGUUGUGCCGGGCCCUCUCUCAGAGGAUGAGGUCCUUCAGCUGCUCAGAGGUGUGCAGAGGGGUUCAGAGGACAGGAAAAGGUGCCUGGGCCGCCUGCGCUGGGCUCUGCGGGACAAGGACACGCAGCACAAGUUCGUCAGGCUGGAGGGCAGCAUCCGGACGCUCACCGGGCUGUUCACCAGCAGCCUGGCCGAGCUGCAGAUGGAGGCCGCGCGCUGCCUGCACGAGCUGUCCCACUCCAGUGAGCCCGGCGUGGCCGAGGCCUGUCUGCCCCUCACCUCCUACCUCCUCACGUACCUCUCGGGGCACAGCGUUGAGUUCACGGAGCUGUGUCUGUACACGCUGGGGAACCUGGUAGUGGAGAGUGAAGCCGUGAGGAAGCAACUUCUGCCUCAGGGCAUCAUCGCAGUGCUGGCAUCAUGCAUCCAGUCCCCGCAUGAGGCCGUGCUGGAAGGCCUGGGCUACGUCCUCUCGCAGCUCCUCCAGGCCAAGGAAGCCCCGGCAGAGAUCAUACCCCUGGUGCUGGCCUCGGCUCUGCCCCAGCACAUGCUGCGCCUGCUGUGUGCCCCCAGCACCGGGCUCGGAGCGGCCGUGGAGUUCGCCUGGUGCCUCCACUACAUAAUCUGCAGCCCAGCAGGCACCGAGGCACUGCUGGCACUGGGGGCCAUGCCCGCCCUCGCCUCCCUCUUGCUAAGCCUGGCCUCUGAGGUGCCCCAGGACGGCUCUGAGGUGCCCCAGGACGGCUCUGAGGUGCCCCAGGAUGUUCCUGAGGGCCUGGAGCUGCUCGUGUGCCCGGUGCUGCGGUGCCUCGGUAACCUGCUGGCAGAGGAGUCAAGCUGUGAAGUGCAGAUCCAGGACGAGCGCCUGCUCAUCACCCUCUUCCUCAUCCUCCAGUGCUUCCUCCCCCAGCAUCCCUUCAUUGUGCAGGAGGGGCUCUGGCUGCUCAACAACCUCACGGCUGAUGAGCCCUUCUUCUGCGCUGCACUGCUGUCCCUGGACCUGCUGCCAGCCCUGCUCCAGCUCCUGCCCUGCUUCCCCAUGACCACGGUGCUGGCCCUGAGGGUUCUGUGCAACGUGGCAGAGAAGGGCCCAGAGUACUGCCAGCAGCUGCACCAGCCUGCCCUGCCCCUGCUGCUGCCCACCCUGGCCCUGCCUGACCCCGAGCCCGUGGGGCACUGCCUCGAGCUGCUGCACCUCCUCUUCCUGCACUGCCCCGAGGCCACGUCUGAUUUCGUCAGGAUGGGGGGUCCGCAGGCCCUGGAGCGGCACCGGAGCAGCCCCGAGCUGCAGGAGCGGGCUGAGGCGCUGCUGGCCAUGCUCCCGCCCCCACCGCCCCCUGCCCGCAGCCCCUGCCCCGCCUUGUCCUAGCCCACACCGGCCCCUUCCCCUCCUACCCCGCCUCCAGGCCGUGCCCUCCCUUCCCGGGCUCCAGACAGGGCUGGUUGCCCUCUCCAGCCCCCAGCAGCCUGGGGUGUGAGGGGGCUGAGCCUCCCGGUCCCUCCAGCGUGGCCCCGUGGCUGUGAGGCUGAGGCUGGGCAGGGGGUGACAGCACACGGGCUGAGUUCAAAUGAGACACGCGGCGCAUUAAAGGUCAUCAGGCCAAGCUCCA